AUGGUGUUGUUGUCUGGCAGUCCUGAUGUUGAUAAACUGAAGAAGCUCAUGUUGCACGAGCCUGUAAUUCUGACUCUCUCUGAAGAAGGCCAAUCUAAUAGUGAUCUAAUUCCUAGAAAUAUUGAACAAUAUUGGAUCUCUUGCAGCGCUCAUGAUAAGCUACUCUACAUAUAUGCUCUCUUAAAGCCAAAGCCCAGGCUUCUUGCAGGAAAAGUUUUGAUAUUUGUCAACUCAAUUGAUAUCGCAUUUAGACUAAGGUUGUUCCUUGAGAAGUUCAAAAUAAGAUCUGUUGUCUUAAAUGCUGAAUUGCCACAAAAUUCACGGCUUCAUAUUCUUGAGGAAUUCAAUGCAGGGCUAUUUGGUAUUCUAAUAGCAACAGAUGAUAAUCAAACUAAGGAGAAGGAUCAUACAAGUAGAGAAAGUCAAGUGCAAUCUAGAAGUACCAAGAAGAAGUUCCAGCAAAAUUUAGAUGCCGAAUUUGGAGUCGUCAGAGGAAUCGAUUUCAAAAAUAUCUUCACGGUAAUCAAUUUUGACAUCCCUCGAAGCCUUGCUGGAUAUGUUCAUAGAAUUGGCCGCACUGGAAGGGGCCGUAACACUGGUACUGCUGUGUCACUUGUAACACUGGUUUCUAAGAUGAACUAUGUUGUAAAGAUUAUUUAUGCUCUUCUUAACAUUUAA